UAUGAAUAUUUACUAUUCAAUGAUCCACUCAUUCGCUCUUUUCCAAUCUGAUGAAACACAAUCUCUUCUCGUAUUUUCCGACCUUCAAAUCCGUUGAAAAACAAGAGAAGAAGUUUAAUUUACAGCGUUUGAUUUUUGAAGAAAUCAGCCGUUUCCAUAAUUAAUUGAAGAUGAGAGAAAGAAAAUCGGUGAAAUUUAAUCUUCAACAACAGCAGCAGGAGGAUCAGAACGGCCAUUUGUCUCCGUUUAAGUUGACGAAAUUAUUCGAUCAAGAUGCGUCUUGGGAUAAGGAUAAACUGGGAGACGUAUUGCAUUGGAUUAGACAAGCAUUGGCCCUUCUGUGUGGGCUGCUAUGGGGUGCCAUUCCUCUAGUUGGGGGCAUUUGGUUUCUCCUGUUUGUGGUUUUAUCCUCAGGGGUUAUAUACGGAUAUUAUUCGCUUAUAUUAAAAAUCGACGAAGAAGAAUUUGGCGGACAUGGAGCUCUUCUUCAAGAGGGGCUCUUUGCUUCAGUAUCGCUCUUUCUGCUUGCGUGGAUUCUAGCAUACAGUUUGGCACAUUUCUGACCAGCAACAUUCACGACUCGGAUCUGCUAUCGUUUGCCUCUCUUUUGGCGAAAGGACGAUUGAUUUAUUUAGUUUUAGACAUUACGGGGCUAAAUAUGUGCUCUGUAGACGCUGAGGAAGUUCAAAGUCGAAUUUUGUUAUAUUAGUUGAACUUUUUUAGUGGGCAAAACUAGUCUGCAGUCUUUAUAUUUUAUCCUUUGGAGUUUCAUUUGUUUUACCUUUCGUUUCUUCUCUUGUGCAAGUGAAAUGUGGAAACGUUAUAAUAUGCAUAGUUUAACAAA